UAAAAAUGUGUCAUUACUCCCCUGUGUGCUACGAGGAUUAAUUAUUACACAACGUAGCAUGGUGGUGAUCGUUUUUGAUAAAAUAAUUACUGAUGACAGUGUGUUGUGAUUGAAUUGUUAGUUAAAAUAUAGAGAAUCGACGUAUUAAUUAAACAUGUUGCAGAUUAAAAUUGACCUGUCUUGCCUGUUCAUAUUUCUUACUGGAUUAUUGUUAACAACAGAUGGCCGUGAAGACGGAGUACGGGUAAAACGUCCAAGGGCUCCAGAAUCCCUUUUUGGACUUCGCGAACCGCCACAAGAGAUAAAUCAUUUUUUAUCAGAUAACCCUGAUGAGCGGAAUAAUCUACCCAAAAAUUUACAAGCCAAUGUCCCACCAGGAUUUCUGAGCCCGUCUGUGAGGGAAUACCUCGAACUUGGCAAAUCCAUACCAGGUCGGCCAGGAACAGACUAUCCAGUACUAGCAGAUGUACCAUACACGAAUUUUUAUUGUGAUGAGCAACCAUAUCCUGGAUUUUUUGCAGAUAUGGAAACCAGAUGCCAAGGAUGGCACUACUGCGACAUCGAUGGUCGCCAGGCGACCUUCCUGUGCCCGAACGGAACGCAGUUCUCUCAGGCGGUGUUCGUGUGCGACUGGUGGUUCAACGUGCAGUGCGACCUCAGCAAACACCUGUACAGCAUAAACGCGAGACUCUACUCGAAACCGCGCGAACUAGACCCCACAAGACCUCAUAGAGUUAUCACGAAACAACUACUCCAGGAUAUAUUCAAUUCGAAAUAGUUUAUUUAUUGUAGGUUAAUAUUAUAUUGUGCAAUUUAAUUGUAUGCAAAAAAAUAUAAAUCACAAGGAUAUGUGAUGCUGUACAAUGGGGACUCGAUUAUCCAACACUAGGUUUUAUUGAUCAUUCGCAUUGGUUGUGGAUAAUUAUUAAAUAAUCUGGUCCACAUAAAACAAUAUCUAGCUGGGUGUGCAACAUAUGUUUUUCGUGUAUUUUUUAUCGCUGAACACAAAUAUAAAAUCAAAAUUGGGGGUCAAACAGCCUACGGGGAAACU